AUGUACGAGAAAGCCAUGGCUCAAGAAACAAGAAACGGAGGAAACUCUACGUUAAACAACAACAAUGGUGUUGACAACCGCAAGAAGAAAAUGCUCAUAGCCCUCGACAUCUUCUGCCUGCUGCUGGCCAUGCUGCCUUCCCUGGUCUUCCAUCAUAGUCUGGUCAACCCAUACCAGAGAGGAUUCUACUGUAAUGACUCCAGCCUCUACUUUCCCUACAAGAGGAGCACCAUAUCCUCUGCUGUGCUCACCGCUGUGGGCCUAAUGCUGCCCCUAGUGUCUUUCUGGAAGCUGUCUGUGAACCUCCACACAUGCACAGUACCCAUGAUUCUUCAGUGCGCUGUGCUCCUGUGCGCCCUGUGGUGUGCUAGCCUGCCUUUCCUCAUCAUUGAGACUAGCACCAUAACUCCGUACCGGCGUGGCUUUUACUGUUCCGACGAGUCCAUCCGGUACCCCCAAAAAAAGGGAGACACCAUAAGCGAUGCCGUGCUCUGUGCAGUUGGCAUUCUUAUUGCCAUCUUCUCUAUUGUGAUCGGAGAGUGUUACAGGAUCCACCAGCUUCAUGAAGGCACCAAGUCUUUUGUUGGUAAUCCUUAUGUGGCAGCCCUUUACAAACAGAUGGGCGUGUUCAUUUUUGGUUGCGCCGUCAGCCAGUCGUUCACAGACAUCGCCAAAGUGUCCGUCGGGCGAAUGAGACCUCACUUUUUAGACGUGUGCAAACCAGACUUCUCCACCAUCGACUGCUCUUUGGGAUACAUCACCCAGUACACGUGCACCGGGAAGGAGAGCGACGUGCAAGAGGCCAGGAAAUCUUUCUUCUCAGGACACGCAUCCUUUUCGAUGUACAGCAUGCUCUACUUGGCUUUCUACCUCCAGUCUCGCUUCUCGUGGCGCGGUGCUCGUCUGCUCCGCCCUCUGCUCCAGUUCACCCUACUGAUGAUGGCCUUCUACACGGGACUGUCCCGAGUGUCUGACCAUAAGCACCACCCCACUGACGUCCUGGCCGGCUUUGUGCAGGGAGCCCUGGUGGCCUACUGCAUAGUCUUCUACGUUUCCGACCUGUUCAAGCUGCGGGUGAAGCCGGACACUCCCCCCCCAUCGCCCAUCAAGAAGGAACUCCUGCCAUCGUCCGACAUCAUCGACAGAAACAACCACCACAACAUGGUGUGA